AGGCGGAAGUGAUGGCGGCGGGCGCUGCGGGGCCGGCGGCGCGGCGGCGGUGAGCGGUCGGGGCCCGAUAUGGCGGCCCGGUGCGGCGGCGGGGCCCGCCUCUACUCGCUGCUGGCGCUGGUCGCUCUGGCUGCCCUGGGUGCCGAGGCCAAGAAUUCUGAGGAUGUCCGAUGUAAAUGCAUCUGCCCUCCUUACAAAGACCAUUCAGGCCAUAUUUACAACAAAAAUGUUUCACAGAAAGACUGUGAUUGUCUUCAUGUGGUUGAGCCUAUGCCUGUCCCUGGACCUGAUGUAGAAGCAUACUGUUUACGUUGUGAAUGUAAAUAUGAAGAGAGAAGCUCUGUCACAAUUAAGGUUACAAUCAUCAUAUACCUGUCUAUUUUGGGCCUCCUUCUUCUGUACAUGGUGUACCUUACACUGGUGGAACCUAUACUGAAGAGACGUCUUUUUGGACAUUCACAGCUCAUACAAAGUGAUGAAGACAUUGGGGAUCACCAGCCCUUUGCAAAUGCACACGAUGUGCUGGCUCGUUCUCGGAGCCGCGCCAAUGUGCUGAACAAAGUGGAGUACGCGCAGCAGCGCUGGAAGUUACAGGUCCAGGAGCAGCGCAAGUCUGUCUUUGACCGGCACGUUGUGCUGAGUUAAUUGCGUUUCAGUAAAAUAACUCCAGGGAAGUGGACUAAUUGAAAGAGCUGAUUGAGUCUUCCUGAUCCUGCCGAUUCAGAAGGGUUUUUCUUGGAUAGUUGAUUUUAAAAACAUAAAGGAAAAAAAAGUAUUUGAACUCUGAAGGAAUGUACUGGAGAGGAAGCAAUCGAAAAAGAUUAGUUAACCAAAAGCUAAAAUCCUUACAUUUUCAAAUGGCUUUUACUAACAAAACUGAAAAGAAAACAAACCCUAAGAUACUUUGGGUUGCCACUGUGGUACCGUAUUUACAGUUGUGACUUUAUGGUGAUUUUUAAGUAUAUAUUUCUCUCUACUAUUUAUGUGGUUAAAAAGUACCAAGGAACACAGUAACUCACAAAUCACUUUAUGUAAAGACCUUUUGUAAAUAUACUUUGAUUUUCUGCUGACUAAUGGUAGGUACUGGAAAUCUAAGUCUUGCAAUAUAGUUUUCAUAUCAGAGAAUGAAAUCUUGAUUGGCUGUAUUCAUCAUUUGGUUUCUUGCACUCGUACUUUCAAGAUGCUUGUAUGUCAAGUGGUGUUUGCAGAUUUAAGGCAAAACUGAAGUGGACACCGAGUCUUUGAGCUGCAUACUUAAAGUACUGUGAUGUAGAUAAACUCAAAUGCAGUGUAUAUCAAGACAGUGUUGGAAUUUUGUUCUAUUUUCCUUUAAUAGCUUAAUAUAUUGUAUGUGUAUGAUAUCUCUUUAAAAAAGAAUCUUUUCCCUAUCUUUUCAUGGGUAAAGUCUCAGGAGUUAGUAUAUGAUUAAAUAUUUAUUAUAAAAAUCUCUCUGCAUUUGUCUGGAUUGAUGAUGUAAGGCACAUACUUUCUCUAGCACCUGUCAUCUUGGGACUUAAGUGUAUUUUUUUAUCUGUGAUUCUGUACUCAUCUCUCUGAAGAGGUACACAGUUGCUAGAUGACUAACUUUCAUAUAUCUCCUUUGGAAUGUAACAAUUAAAGAUAAAACUGAUUUUUGAAAAAUG